CUGAAAUUCACUGAAAAUUCCUACAAUUUCGGCGCGAAAUCGAGAAAAAUUGCGAUUGUUGUUGUUAUUACGGCUGGAACUAGUCAGGAGAAUUAUGAAAUUGCGAUUAGUGAGUUUUUUUUUAGGGGCUUUAAGGUACUUAAGGUGAGAUUUUUGAAGAUUUUUAUGAUUUUCAGCACAAAAUUUCAGCUGAAAAUAAGUUUCUAGACCUAAAUUUCACGCUGAAAAUCAUGGAAAAGCUGAAAAUCACGAGAAAUUAAGAUUUUCAUGAUUUUCAGCACAAAAUUUCAGCCUGGAAAGUUAUUUUCAGCUAAAAAUUUCCGGUUGAUCCAUUUUUUCGGAACUUUUGUGCACAAUUUAGUUUGAAGAGUUUCUAGACUGAAAUUUUGCGCUGAAAAUCAUGAAAACGCUGAAAAUCACUAGAAAUCAAGAAUUUCAUGAUUUUCAGCACAAAAUUUCAACCUAGAACAUUAUUUUCUACAGUAAUCCCAGUUGAUCCAAUUUUUCGGAAUUUUUGGCACAAUUUUCUUUCCUGGCUGAAAUUUCGCGCUGAAAAUCCUGAGAAAGCUGAAAAUUUCUAGAAAUUGAGAUUUCCAUGAUUUUCAGCACGAAAUUUCAGCCUAGAAACUUAUUUUCAUCUAAAAAUUUCCGGUUGAUCCAUUUUUUCGGAAUUUUUGGCACAAUUUUCUACAGUACCCUUUGAAGAGUUUCUAUGCUGAAAUUUUGCGCUGAAAAUCAUGGAAUUGCUGAAUAACCCUGGAAACCAAGGUUUUCAUGAUUUUCAGCACAAAAUUUCAGCCUAGAAACUUAUUUUCAGCUAAAAAUUUCCGGUUGAUCCAUUUUUUCGGAAUUUUUGGCACAAUUUUCUUUCUAGACCAAAAUUUUGCGCUGAAAAUCAUGGAAACGCUGAAAAUUUCUAGAAAUCAAGAAUUUCAUGAUUUUCAGCACAAAAUUUCAGCCUAGAAGACUAUUUUUCUACAGUAAUCUAACAAGUUGAUCCAUUUUUUCGGAAUUUUUGGCACAAUUUUCUUUCUAGACCAAAAUUUUGCGCUGAAAAUCAUGGAAACGCUGAAAAUUUCUAGAAAUCAAGAAUUUCAUGAUUUUCAGCACAAAAUUUCAGCCUAGAAGACUAUUUUUCUACAGUAAUCUAACAAGUUGAUCCAUUUUUUCGGAAUUUUUGGCACAAUUUUCUUUCUAGACCAAAAUUUUGCGCUGAAAAUCAUGGAAACGCUGAAAAUUUCUAGAAAUCAAGAAUUUCAUGAUUUUCAGCACAAAAUUUCAGCCUAGAAGACUAUUUUUCUACAGUAAUCUAACAAGUUGAUCCAUUUUUUCGGAAUUUUUGGCACAAUUUUCUUUCUAGACCAAAAUUUUGCGCUGAAAAUCAUGGAAACGCUGAAAAUUUCUAGAAAUCAAGAAUUUCAUGAUUUUCAGCACAAAAUUUCAGCCUAGAAGACUAUUUUUCUACAGUAAUCUAACAAGUUGAUCCAUUUUUUCGGAAUUUUUGGCACAAUUUUCUUUCUAGACCAAAAUUUUGCGCUGAAAAUCAUGGAAACGCUGAAAAUUUCUAGAAAUCAAGAAUUUCAUGAUUUUCAGCACAAAAUUUCAGCCUAGAAGACUAUUUUUCUACAGUAAUCUAACAAGUUGAUCCAUUUUUUCGGAAUUUUUGGCACAAUUUUCUUUCUAGACUGAAAUUUCGCGCUGAAAAUCGUGGAAUUGCUGAAAAUCACUAGAAAUUGAGAUUUUCAUGAUUUUCAGCACAAAAUUUCAGCCUAAAACAUUAUAUUUUCUACAGUAAUAUAACAAGUUGACCCAUUUUUUCGGAAUUUUCGGGCACAAUUUUCUUCGAAGAUUUUCUAGGCUGAAAUUUUGCGCUGAAAAUCGUGGAAUUGCUGAAAAUCACUGAAAAUCGAUUUUUCUAUGAUUUUCAGCACAAAAUUUCAGCCUAGAAGACUAUUUUCUACAGUAAUCUAACAAGUUGAUCCAUUUUUUCGGAAUUUUCGGCACAAUUUUCUUCUAGGCCAAAAUUUUGCGCUGAAAAUCGUGGAAAUGCUGAAAAUCGCUGAAAAUCAGUUAUUCCACAAGUUUCAGCACGAAAUUUCAGUCUAGAACACUAUUUUUUUUCUACAGUAAUCCAGUUGAUCCAUUUCUUCGAAAUUUUUGGCACAAUUUUCUUCUAGACCAAAAUUUUGCGCUGAAAAUCGUGAAAUUGCUGAAAAUCACUAGAAAUCAAGAAUUUCAUGAUUUUCAGCACAAAAUUUCAGCCUAGAACAUUAUAUUUUCUACAGUAAUCCGGUUGAUCCAUUUUUUCGGAAUUUUUGGCACAAUUAUCUUUCUAGACCAAAAUUUUGUGCUGAAAACGCUGAAAAUUCCAGAAUCCGUGCAAUGUUACGCAAAAAUCCAGGGCUACGAUUUUCUGCGCGUCAUGGACGACAAAUUCAACUGCAAUCAUAAAGACGUGGGUUUUUUCUGGUUCGAAAUUUUUUUUUUCAAAAAAAAAAAAAAAAAAUUUCAGAAAUUUUUCCGUCGUCAUUGUGUGGCCGCAAAAAUCCUGCCAAAAUAUGACGCGAUUCUAUUUCUAGACGCUGAUAUUGGAGUGGUUAAUCCGAAAAAGUUGGUUUUCUAGGCCUAAAAGGCCCCCUAAAGCCCGAUUUUUCCAGAAGAAUCGAGGAAUACAUGGAUGACAAUAUUGAUGUCACAUUUUAUGACCGAUUUUAUAAUUGGGAAAUUAUGGCUGGAAGUUAUAUUGCUAGAAAUACACCGUAUGCUGUGAAAUUGCUGAAAGGUUCGAGCUGAAAUUGAAAUCUGAGCUGAAAUUCGAGAUUUUUCAGAUUUCGCUGAUUAUGAAUAUCAAUUACCGAAUAGUUUUCAUGGAACUGAUAAUGGAGCAAUUCAUGUGAGUUUUUUGGGGGGCCUGAAGCCUGGAAAAGCCUGGAAAAGCCUUGGGAAGCCUUGGGAAGCCUUCUAAAGCCUAUUUUUCGAGUUUCGAUAAGCCUAGGAAUUUUUCAGCCUCAAAACCCAAACUUCCAGUCAAAAAUUCGAAAUUUUCAGCUAAAUUUAGUCAAUUUUCAAUGAAAAACUAGAUUUUUCAGCUAUUUCUAUCAAUUUUCAACCCAAAAAACCAAAUUUCUAGUCAUUUUCAGCUAAAAAUUGCAAUUUUGUUUGGAAAUUUGAGCAAAAAUGAGCAAUUUCAGGUCAAAAAUCUGAAAUUUUCAGCCAAAAUUCCAAAAUUUUCCUGAAAAAACACAAAAUUUCACCCGAAAAACGAAAAAAAACCGAAAAAUGAAAAAUGCGCUAAACAACAGGCAAGCCGUCAUUCAGCGGAGUGUCGUUGUGAAAAAUGCGUUUUUUUUUUUGAGAAAAAUCGAUUUUUGAGCGAAAAUUGAUGGAAAAAUGGAAUUUUGGAGGGAAAUUUGGGAAAAAAUAGGAUUUUUAGUGAAUUUUGAGCCGCUAAAUUGAAAAAAAAAAUCAGUUUCAGGCUUCUGGAGCCCCCUUGAGCCUUCUGAAGCCUCCUGAAGCCUUCUUAAGCCUUCUGAAGCCCCCUAAAGCCCCCUAGAGCCCCCUAAAUCUCCAGCUUUUCCUCGCCAAACAACUUCUACCCAAUGCCAGUGUGGAAAUCGAGAAUUGCGAAAAAAUCUACAAAAAAUCGGUGGAUUUUGUGGAUGUUUUCACCUACGAAGCUUGUAUCAGAUCCAUUUUUGGAGUCUCGGAAAAAUUCGGAAAAGUUCGAAUUUUGAAAAAAGGAACAGGAUGGGCACGGGAUGAUUGGUUGAGUUCAGGAAUUUGGAAUCAGGAGCGAGAUUUUAUGUUGCAUGGUUGGAAAAUGAAUCAAUUGGUGGAAGUUCCGGAGGGCGAGAAGAUCAGGUGAGUUCUAGAAAUAUUUUUUUUAAAAAACUACGAUGCUCCACGAUUACGUUCAUGAUUUUCAGCACAAAAUUUCAACCUAGAAACUUAUUUUCAGCUUUUGAAUAUCUUCUAGACUGAAAUUUUGUGCUGAAAAUUACUGACCUGCUGAAAAUCACUAGAAAUCAAUGUUUCUAUGAUUUUCAGCACAAAAUUUCAGUCAGGAAAAUGUUUUUUUUUUGAUAGAGAAAUCUGAAAAUUUUCACUUGAAUUUAAUUUUAGGUCAAAAGUAUGUUUCUUGACUCAAAUGUUGCUUUGAAACUCAUGGAAUUGCUCAUUUUCAGUAAUUUUCAGCAUUUCCACGAUUUUCAGCGCAAAAUUUCAGCUGGGAAAGUUUUUUGGCUGAAAUUUUUUCUGAAAAUUUUGAAUUUUUCAUGAAAAAAUUAAUUUCAGGUCAGAAAAAUGUUUCUAGACUGAAAUUUUGCGCUGAAAACCGUGAAAAUGCUGAAAAUCGCUGAAAAUCGAUGUUUCUAUAAUUUCCAGCACAAAAUUUCACUCUAGAAACUCAAUUUUCUACAGUAAUUAGGUUGAUCCAUUUUUUCGGAAUUUUUGGCACAAUUUUCUUUCUGCGCUGAAAUUUUGUGCUGAAAAUUGUGAAAAUGCUGAAAAUCAUUAGAAAUUGAAGUUUUCAUGAUUUUCAGCACAAAAUUUCAGCCUAGAAACUCAAUUUUCUACAGUAAUCUGGUUGAUCCAUUUUUUCGGCACAACUUUCUUUGAUCUUCUAGACCAAAAUUUUGUGCUGAAAUUUGUGAAAUUGCUGAAAAUCGCUGAAAAUCAAUGUUUCUAUGAUUUUCAGCACAAAAUUUCAGCCUAGAAACUUAUUUUCUCACAAAAUUCACAUGCCGUAACUGCGGAGUGUCGUAAUUUUUUCCAGCCCCACGCGAAUGAAAACCGAUCAAUGGUACAAUCCAUUCCUGGGCCCAUUCGACAUCUCAAAAUGCUCCCCACAAAACGCCACGUGGCAAUAUGACGUCAGACUUAUCGGAACUCGCCAAGCCAUUGAGAAAAAUCUCCUGGAUUUUGAGAAAGAGGUGGCACUUGAACAAUUGAAAUCCUUUUCGAGAAUUCUGAAUUUGCUGGGCCUGAAAUAG